UCGAGUUUUCUCCCCAUCAAUGUGAAGCAUUAAAAUUCAGAAACCAAUGUAAAACUAAAUCUUCGAAUCGAAAAACAAAGACGAGAAUGAUUCAGUCUAUUAUUUUGGGUUUUUUCGUUCUCCAUGUUAGGUUGAUGGAUUUGGUGGAAAUUAUGCUUAGAACGAUGCCCCAGUAACAUGUUGUUUAAGGUUUGGAUUUCUCUUAUUUUGGUGAUUCAGGGUUAGGGUUCCUAUUUCGCCUAGAAGAUCAUUGGAUUCAUACAGGUCGCAAGAGUUUGACUGCCAUAACACAAAAGCUACCAGAUAAGCUGGACUUGGAAUCAUCAUUUAUCUUAUGAUAAUACUUCGUUAUUCGAGGGAAAAUGCCACUGUUGCUUUGAGGCUUGGUCUGAAAUAGCGUCCAGAAAGAAAAGCCAAGUAGCAUGGAAUGAGUUUUUUCAUUGAAUCUUUGAUUAUUGAGUUUUUUUUUUUUUUCGUUGCCAAGUAUCUUCAUCAUUCUCAGUUCCUCAUAUUUUUUUUUAACUCUCCCGAUCAUAGAUUCAUAAUGGUAACUUUUUCAGCCUAUAACCCAAGUCCUUAAUUUUGAGAUUGUUGAGAAAGCAUUAAAAAUGGUUAUUCAUAGUUAAUACAAUAUUCAGGAACACGAAUCCUUCUAAAGGUGGCAAGGAUCAUCAUUGUUAUCGUAAAAAAGGCAUGGGAAUACAGAUCGUAAUAAUGAAAUAUUUAGGAAGAGAUUAGUCAUUCGUUUUCAGAAGUAUUAGGAGACAAUGGUUAUGUGAUUUUACCAGGAAAUAUUAGAAUAAAAAAAGUGAGUAUUUUGAACUCAUUGUCAAACUUGCAGAUAUAUUGGCUUACCAUAGAAAGAGAGUGGAUCACAUGAAAAUGAUGCACAUGCACUCUGAAGUUUUCCAGUGCCAGAAUUUUUUAUUGAUUCAUAAUGCUGCUACACCAGGAAAGCUAAUCAUCCAACUGAGAUAGAGAAGGAAGGAUUUAUAGGUGAGCUUAACUUUUAGCUCUUUCAAAUUCGAUAUUAAAUUUGGGUUAAUUUCAAACUCAAAGUUAGGGCUCUUGAAUAUGUAUUGGGGAUUCGAAUCCAAUACAGUGAAAUAAGGUAUUGCGGUUCUUGAAUAUGUACAGUGAAAUAAGUUGCUAAUUUGUCGUCGCCAUAAUGAUAAGCAAAGUUGUUCUCAUCCACAGCGAUGGAGAAUGGGUGCACAAAGAAGGUAAUGAUAACUACAAAGGUAUGACACAUCUUGCAGGGGUACCUGAUAAGUACACUUUUGAGGAUGUAAAGAAGGCAGCAAUGGAUGUUCUAGGUUUCUUGCACCAACCUUGUUUUGAUGUGUAUAGCCUCAUAGAUGUCCCGGAAACCGCAUUUAAGCAAAGGAUUAAGAUUGUUAGCGAAGAAAUUUUGAUUUUUUAUGUUGGCCAGACAUGUGGAGUCCCAAGCUUUUACACAAUCAAAUAUGGAGAAGAAGUAAAAGUAGAUAUUUCUCCCGUAACUCCAAAACAACUACUGGAGAUGACAGCGGAUCCAAGAUGCUUCCCCACACUCCCUUGACCCCUCUUAACAAUCUGACGUCGAGUUACAGUGAGGAUUAUCAGUCCAAGAAUGAAACCGCCAAGGGAGAUGGUGGUGUUAAAGGCACUUUAAUUUGUCCCUCUUAGUAUUGUAUUUUUGUACCAUGUUUGUCCUGACCAAAUUGUCACACUAAUGUUGAAUGUUUUGUUUUAUCAGCGCGUAUUAGUGGUCCAAAGGCUAGGAGAUGUCUUGAACCAGUAAUGACUUUAUCAUCCAAGAAACUCCGCUGUCUUCAUGAUGCGCCAUCAAAUCCAGCGCCAAUACUAGAUAUUCAUGAACUCCCAAAGGAAAUGAAGUAUAAUGAUCUACGUGUGGGUAACACUUUCAAAAGAAAGGAGGUGCUGAAACUUAUUUUUGCAAUAGCCAAAGUAGAAAGAAAUUUUGAGUACAAAGCUUCUAAAUCCGACAGCCAAAGGUUUAUUGCCAAAUGCAAAAACAAGACAUGCCAGUGGCGUCUUCGAGCAGUUCCCUUAGAUUCUUGUGGGUGGUGGAAACUCACAGUUGCGAACGAUGUGCAUACUUGUGAAAGCAACAAAAGGACUGACCCUGAAUUGAGAACCAAAGCGGCCGCUGCUGGAAUUGCAGAGCUUUUCAAGCACAAAUUCAAAGAACUAGAUGCGGCCUAUACACUAAAACAACUGAUUAAGGACUUAAAAAGGGAACAUGGAGUGGUUAUCAAUUACCGGCAGGCAUACAGCGCUUGCAAGCGCGGUAUGGAGCUGAUCAAAGGUAGCCCCGAUGAAUAGUACCAACACCUCGUUGGUUAUAGUCACAUGCUUGGUUUUCGUAACAAGGGUACUGUUACCGAGAUUGUAACUGAUUCGGAUGAUUCUUUUCUAUAUUAUUUCUUUGCUUUUGGAGUAUGUAUUGAAGGAUUCAAAAACUGUUUCAGACCCGCUUUUGCGGUUGAUGGUACACAUCUUACAGGGCCACGCCAAGGUGUUUUACUGUCAGUCGUUGGAAUGGAUCCCGACGAGUCGAUCUAUCCUAUGGAUUUUGUUGUUGUUGAUUCAGAGAAUAAUGAAUCAUGGGAAUGGUUUAUGAGAAAGUUAGCCGAAGUACUUGGCGAUAAGUAUGCUAUGAAUGAAGAUGUUGUUGUGGCAACAGACAGGCAUCAAUCGAUCGGUAGAGCCAUAAGGUUGGCAUUUCCUUGUGCUAAUCAAGUAUACUGCAUCCACCACCUUUCAGAAAACAUCAAACAAACUUACCACAGCGCCGCGGCUUCGGUGGCAUUUACAAGAGCUGCAAAAGCAUUUAGCAAUGAUGAGUAUGAACUUGCUAUGAGAGACCUAGGUUUAGCCAGCCCCGCUGCUUUAAAAUCUGUAGUGGAUCUUGGACCGGAAAUGUGGGCCAGGGUAAAGGCUAGAACAGGUCGUUUUACUCUCAUGACCACAAACGCCUGUGAAACUUUCAAUUCAAGAAUAGCUGAUGUUAAAGGUCUUCCAAUCUGCUAUUUAGUCUAUUACAUUCGAAGGCUCCUUAUGGAAUGGUUCUGCCAACGUAGACAACUAGCUCUUGAUUGGCAAGAUCCUUUGAGUAAACAUGCACGGGAUAUAAUCAAAGAACGGUGGGCUGUGGCAAAAAGUUUUGUGGCUUGCCAUGUCGAUGGGGACGAAUAUGAAGUGGACGAGGGUGACUAUGAAGAGAAGCACACCGUGUAUCUUGACCGAAGGUCUUACACGUGCAAAGUGUUUGACUAUCAGCAUCUUCCGUGUCCCCACGUACUUGCAGUGUGUGAGACAUAUAAAAUAAAAGAAGAAGGCCUUUGUGGGAAUUAUUAUAAAACAUUUGUUUGGAGAUAUAUGUAUGAACCUAAAAUCUAUGGUGUGCUGAGCCCAGAAACUUGGGAUGUCCCAACGGAGGUGGCAGAGCGGGUGGUGCUUCCUCCAAAAAUUACACCGGAAGUUGGUCGUCGGAGCAUCAAGAGGAAAAGGGCUGCCAUUGAAAAACCUAGAAAGAAAAGAGGUUGUUCAAGGUGUCACCAUACGGGGCAUUAUGCUAACAUCAAACUUUGUCUCAAGGCUUAGAAAUGUAGUGAUUUUGGUUGCUAACAUUGCGUACCUUGUUAUGUUUGUUUGAAAUAGUUUAGGCGGCAUCAUUAGUUUAGUGGUUUUAGUCAUGUUUUCGUCCUCAGGAUAAAAAA